CCACCGCCACCGCCACCGCCACCGAUGCCGCCGCAGUCUGUAGGGUCAAAAUAAUCGCAUCCCAUAUCGCUCGAGCGCGCGUGUUCGUCCGUCUGUCCGUCCGUCCGUCCGUCCGCGUCUGUCUCGCGUCACACGCGCCCGCGCCACAACGCACGCCCAUACCGUACGCCGCCGUCGACGUCGCCGCACGCGCCGCACACAAGGUGCCAGCGUUUUCGCGGUCUGUCGCAGAAUCUUUUAAUAAUAAUAAUAAUCAUUAACGUUGUUCGCACUCGUGAGCCGUAAUAACAUAAGGAAGAGAAGACGACGACGAGGGAGAAAAGGGACUCCUCUGGCCGAUUGAGGGAACUGGGAACACGCAUUAUAAUAUUUCCGGAAGAAAUGCAGUUAUGAUCCCACAAGCCAUGCAAGCAUUUACGGUCCUGUUUGCCUUGUUUAUUGCAAGUGCAUCCGCUACAGUACCAUGUCCCCAUCCGUGCAAAUGUUUCACCACCGAGAAUGGAAUACAAGGAGCUAAUUGUACCGACUUACCGGAUCAAAUGACGACCGCAUGGCCACAAAAAAUUCUCCGAAUUCACUUUGAAACUGAUCGAGCGUCAACUGUUAUGUUGAAAAACAAGGCAUUCAAACACUUCCCGCGGCUUACGUAUCUAGAUAUUAGUGGGGGUACGAUACACUACGUGGGAAAUUUGGCGUUCGAUGGGUUACCGGAAUUAGUGGAACUUAAUCUUGUAGGUACGGGAAUUAGAAAACUACACCGAAAUACAUUCACGAACAACCGGAAACUGGCAUUCUUGUCAUUAAGUAAAAACCCUAGACUCUUUGUGGGUCCUUCAUUCCUUGUGUCCGAAUCUAUUACCGAACUUGACUUAUCCGAAUGUGGGUUGACCACACUGAAAAAUGUGUAUUUCAAAAGUUUACCUAAUUUAAAAUACUUGUUCGCUACGAAAAACGAACUCAAAGCACUCGGUUCACAAUUUGGACCUUCCGGUGUCAAGUUUGUAAACCUUGCCCACAACCAAAUCAAAUACAUCUACGAAGACUUGGAAGCAUAUAAACGUUUGCGAACAAUUGAUCUUACCGGAAAUCCAAUUAACUGCACGUGUGAACUUUCGGACAUUGAUAAAAAAUUAUCGUCUAGGGGCGUGGCUUUCGGAAAUUCUAUAACAUGUGAUAAUACAGGAAAACCAUUGAGUGAUAUGUUUGAAGUAUGUUCAGACAAAGAAAUGAUGGGAGACGACCCCAUGGACAUGUACCAAGCAGAUCAUUUAUUAAAAAUCGAUAAAAGUAUGAUACAUUCAACGGAAGAAAUUGACGAUUCUGGUUCGGGGUCAGGUAGCGGUGAUGGUGAAAUUACGAUGAUAGAAGUUAAAUCUACAGCACAUACCUAUAUCGAAGACGUACAAAAUAAUACACAGAUUGACGAAGUCAAAAACAAUACACAAGUCGAAGAAGAAGUAUUUACCAAAACUCACGUGGGUGAUACAUUUAUAGUUCCUAAAAUCGAAACGACUUCAUUAGAACCCACUACUACCGCCGUGGAAAUAUCAUCUAAAGACAAAACGGACGACACCACUAUACUCCCGACCGAGGAAGUAAUGGUUCACGUUCAACCUUCGGUCAAUCCAACCGAUGGAAAUUCAUCGACCAUGCCAUCCAGCAUGGACCGCGGUAUUGUCUCUCAGACGAUACAAGCGCAAGCGCCAGAAGACGAAGACAACGUCCAGACUCAGGUAGCUGAUUUCCUAAAGUCUAAUGUCUAUAUAGCUGGGACAGCGGCCAUAUUGCUAAUAGUCAUCGUAGCUAUUGUGUACAAGGCCGUGUGUAUGGGAAAAUCACGGAGUCACAGUAUUGUGUCCAGCAAUGAUAAGUCCGUCGAGCUCAAAGACAUAAAAUACGAACAGGCCAACACGGAGGACGCACGUGACGACUCGCCGGCUAGUUCGGUGGAAGAGAAUCUGCUGGGAGACCACGAUAGCGACGACGAAGACGACAGUAGCGGACCCAACGAAGACGAUGCAUUGUCUUCGUCGCCGGUGACCAACGGUCACGCUCAAAACGGUUUGCUGAACAGCGUCAUGGAUGCGGUGAAAAAUAACGAGGUGCCCUCAGCGAUGACAGCGCCCGGCGGCCAAGACGUUCCUACCAGAGUGAUAGUGAAAUUGUGCGAAACUCCAAAAGCCUCCAGGCCAAUAACGAUCAAUAACGUCCAUUAAGUACUCCACGCAACAUGAAGUGGCUCCUAUAUAUAUAUUAUUGGACGACGACGAAUAACACAUAUCCAAAUGUAAAAUUCGUAGCAUAAUGUAUGUUUACCAUUUAAAUGUAUUAACGGUGACCCGUGUAUAAUUUAAGUUUUAACAGACCAUUUUAAAAAAUAUACAUCUACACAACACAAAGUCAAAUUAUACGAAUCAAAUAUCUCUAGUACACAGGCACUAGUCUAGAAGACGACUGUAGUUGGGUUCAACGGUUAACUUCGAUCCUAGUGGUGUCAUUGUUGUCGCAGUUGGUACAUCGGCGAUUCGUAUUUUAUAUAUUUUGUAUCUUUACCAACUUAGAUGAUAUAGAUACGUCAUCCAGUAAAUCUUAAUAUUUUUUUAGUUUUAUAAUAUUAUGAUUAGGUAUGUGUUUUUAUAAUCAAGCCUUUGCCUGGUUAAAAUAUCAUACCAAAUAAUAUCCAUAUUUU